UGCAUCUCACUCGGAAUGCCGUAUGGUGAGAUAGCCCUGGAAGUGUGAUUUGUUUCUAAGCGGUAAAUGGCACAUACAUGGUGCGAAUGUAUUGUACGUGUGCCUGACUGGGAUGUCUAAUUUGUGUCCUCAUUUUGGUAGUUGUCCCCUGCCGGGCUGUCUAGUUUUCAGACAGAUGAUGAUAUGGCUGGUAAGUCCUUUGAAAACAAAACCAAUGCUUCCUUCUCUACAAACGGUAGAUCCGAUCUACAUGGUUUAUCUAUCUUUGACAUCACCACAAAUGCGUCAAGCACCGGAUCUCUUGCAUGGUACGACCGGAAUUAUUACAGCUACGGCACCGUCAUGUUUUUUAUUCUGACACUCGGCUUUCUUGGAAACGUACUGACGAUUAUUGUAUUUCUACAAAGAGAGCAGCGAACUAAAGUGAUCGCACCGUUUGUCAUCAACCUGGCUGUCGCAGAUCUUUUUAUUGUGCUGUUUGGGUACCCCGUCGCCAUUACCGCUAAUUUGUCAGGCAUGAAACUUGUCUCUGGCGAAUCCCGUUGUACGUGGUCAGCAUUCGUAAACGGUGCAACAGGCAUUGCAUCUAUUGCAAUGUUAACUGAAAUAAGCGUUUUAAUGUGUUACACCAUCACUUCUGUAAAACCAGUGGUCACUAGAAAAGACAAAUUCCUUUCAAGAAAGUUUACAGUGUCUGUCCUAGUUGGCGCGUGGAUCUACGGGAUUUUGUCCAUGAGUCCUCCAUUGCUUGGCUGGAGUCGAUUUGUUCCAGGUUCAGCGGGAAUCAGCUGUGGUCCUGAGUGGGGAUCCAGUACUAUCGAGGCAUUGACAUACAGCAUUGGACUGAUGUUUAUAGGCUUCUUUCUGCCCAUGACAAUAAUUCUGGUGAGCUUCUACAGGAUUUACAGAUUUCUAUCUCAGAGUAACGUGCCUACCAAUCUUGGAAUCUUACAGAGCAGACAUCACCAAUCCCAGAUGAAGAUAGUGCACAUGAUUAUUAUGACUAUUGUGGCAUUUGUCAUCAGUUGGUCUCCGUAUUGCGCUGUUAGCCUGGGAGCCAUGUUCCGUAGAGGUCACGUUUUGGCGCACGGUGAGGCGGAAAUCCCUGAACUUUUAGCCAAAUCUUCAGUGAUCUAUAACCCAAUAAUAUACAUGACUAUGAGUAAGAAUUUUAGAAAAACUGUGAAGAGGACGAUAUUUCAGUCCUUAUCUGGGUGCAGUAGAAGUUUGGUGCGGCCGUCAGUUUGCAGCCUGCAGCCACGUGCUCAUAGAGAUCGAAAAGAAUUCGUGUGACUGUGAAAACAUUCCUCCGUAACCGCGCGUGACCGUGACGGUGUCGCUCACGAGCAUUUUCAUUGGAUAAGCAAUGAUGUGAACAGUUCUCCAUAUUCAUGUGUUUUAGUGAAAGUCCUUGGAAUUUUAAACUGUUUGUAAUUGUUGAAGUCGUAAAUAGCCGUUAGUAGUUUUGAAUAUUUUGAAGCUAACAUAAGGCUAGCCCUGAGUAUAAACAAGGUACACAGUAAUAUUGUAAGAAUACGAAAAUAGUAUCAUUGGAAAAAAUUGCCCAUACAUUUGGAA